AUGCCCGUGCAAAACUUUUUACAAAUCAAAAAAAAGGGGGGCCAGGCAGCAAAUGGCACCUUACCUUUCUUGAUUGAUCUUGCACAGAUGGAAGAGCGUAUUCGCUUACAAAUCGAAAUCGAUCGUCUUCAAGAGGCCGCACGCCAUCCCCCGCCUCGACAAAACGGAGUCGAGCCCACCCCGGAAGCAGUCGAGGCACGCUCAGCCACCAUUCUCGCCCGCGAAAUGCAGAUUCGCCAGCAGCUCGAGCGCCUGCAACACGCCGGCCUCGAUCAGACCCUCGUGGCCGGUGCCCAUGCCGCCCUUGACAACCUCCACCAACCCAUCGAGCACAUUCGUAAGGCCACUUGGCUGGCCCAAGCGGCAGUCCUUGACCAAAAGAUUGCCCGGCGGCAAGGUCCAAACGGCAGCCUCCGCGAAAGCCUCGAUGAUUCCGCUUACGAGCCCGAUACCAACCAAGACCUUGCUCAGUCAGGCCUUGCUCCGCCCAGUGCUGACGAAGAUGACAACAGCGCCUUUGCCUCUGAUACACAUGGCAAUGUUGAGCGCUUCCAGGACCCACAACUGCUGCGCGCACCAAGUACCAGUGAUGACGCAGAUAGCGGCGCUGAUGCCCAGGCGACCAACCCUAUGGUCCCGCCCGAAUUGGCUCUUGAUUUGAACCUGGAUGAUAUCGCCGCGCGCGUCCGGCGGGACUCCGCUGCCAGUUCGCUGAUCACCCACGCCCAAUCCUCUGCAGGCAGUGACACCUCAGCAAUGCACCCAGCCUCGCCCAAACCCACAUUUUUUCAGAAUGACCUGGUGGCCCUGGCUGCGGCCACCCUGGCCCACGCUUCCACAUCCAAAGCCCCUGACCCCGAACUUGAAACUGCGCCCCUGUCCCCUAAACCGCCCCCUGCCGCCGCUGAUGCCCAUAGCCCUUACCGCGCCGUUGCUGCCCGCGGCCGGCGCUACGCCCCCGCUGCACCGUCAGUCCCCACUGAGACCGAAGAAUCCCAGGCGAAAAAUGACGCCAGCCACGCUGUGCUGGAAACCCCAGCCACCUUGUCUCCACGGCCGCCGCAUGCACCUGCCCCCCGGCCCUCUGUGCAGAUGACGGCAAAAGACCCCACACCUUCAACGCUAACUGCCGAUGCUUCGGCUUUGAUCCGCAUCCUGCCCGCCAUGCUGUCCAACCAAUUUUCUGCGCGCCGCGCAACGGAACCUUGGAUGUCUUCGGCAGGCGCACAGCGUAGCCCACAGGCACUGUCUGUCCCUCUCCCAACUCCGCUUCAACGACCAUCAUCCGUUUCUGGUGCCUAUGCCGAUAUCGCGAUGCUGGAGGGAUCCCGUUUCAUGCUCUCUCGGCGCCAGACUAUGGCGGCCCUGCAAAUCGCGAUGGAGGGCCCUCACGUGGCGGUGCGCACGCUCUCCUCCUCGGCUCCAGCCAGUGCGUUGGCCUCACGGCGCGGUAGUCUAGUGCAUGUUCCUCCAGAAGCCGGGUCUGCACAUGGCUGGCGCUCUGCCAGCUUGACGAUGGAUAGCGCCAUAGCCUCGCUCGCUCUCAGCCCGCGCCCUCAGACCACUGUCGGUCCUACCCCAGAAAUCACGCCCCUUGCUGCUGUCAAUGAAGCUGCUGUCAAUGAAGCUGCUGUCAAUGAAGCUGCUGUCCCGCUCGCCACCUCGGCUCUUGCAGAUGAGGACGAAGGGGCGGCGGCGUACGCACACUUGAGUCACACUUUCCCCUCGCUCAUCAGUCACAUGGUGUGGAUCGCUUCUCCGACUCUGGCGAACACUCUGUCACCAUCACUGCCAUUUUUGGAAGGCGACAGCCAUACAUCACCACAAGCGCUCAGCAUGCUCCAAACCCAUCCAGUCACCAUGCUGGCCGGACCCAGUGACGACGACCUCACUUCAAACGACAAGACGCUCUCAUCCAUGUCCUAUGAGCCAGCGACUGAGGAUGGUGCCCCAGCGCUUGCCGCGCUUGCCGGUGCCAGUGAAAGUGAUCCUCUCGACGACUCGCAGGCACCACCAUCCAUGACCCUCACCACCCCAAUGCAGUGGGACGCCAGCGGUCAAGAGGAGGCUCUGCCCCAUGCACUCAUGGCCGAGCUGACUACGAGCGAUGUGCUUUUGGGCACCACGGACCAGGAAGACAUCACUGGUUGGCUUGCUAUGCAGUCCCCCUUGCAUGAGCGCCGGGGUGUCUUGAAUGCUGUCCCCUCAGGGCUUACCGGAGCCAAUGACGGCGACAUGACCACUCAACCUGAGCCCCACCCUUGGCAUAACACACAAUUGCGCCUGCCCGGGCCACGUCAGAGUGCUUGGGACAUUGCUCUGGGAAGCGAAUUGCCGACUCCAGAAAUUACACAAGCUCAUUUUAGUUUAGGAGGCACGCACGAUGUUACCGUCCCGCUUUGGAACGCCUCGCGUAGCAGCGCUGCUAGCCAGCAUCGCCGCUCGCUUGUAGGCCCGCCUCCUGAAAAACACUCAGGGCUGACGGCCGAGGCAUCGCCAGUAGCAGAAUCAGUCUUUAUGAAAGCAAAUGAUCGGACGUUGCCAGCUGAGCUAGCGCAGCUGCCCAAGGAGAUUUCACCAGCCGACGCCCCAUCAGAAGAAAAUCAACAGCAGGUUGAUGAGCUGCCGGAGACCCAAAGGGCAAUGGAAAAACCACUCACUGAUGAAGCGUGUCAAGCUCAACGAGAAAGUGAGGCGCAAUCUGCACUGGAACCUCAGACUGAGCAGGUGCCGCAAGUUGAGGCUGAGUCUGAGCUUCAGGAGUCUGAUGCAGCUGAGUCUGAACCUCAGGAUCGGAUUCAGGAGACCCCGACUGAGGCUGAACUUCAGGAUGAGCCCAAGGAAACGCCAAUUGAGGCGGAGCCUCAAGAGACACCAGCUGAGACUGGGCUUCAGGCAGCUGAGACUGAGCCUCAAGAGACACCGGCCGAACUUCAGGUUGUGCCUCAAGAGACACCAGCUGAGUCUGAGCUUCUGGAGUCUGAUGCAGCUGAGACUGAGCCCCAGGAGCCACCAGUUAAGAUUCAAUAUCAGGAGCCAACAACUGAACCUCAAAAGACACCAGCUGAGGCUGAACUUCAGGCUGAAUCUCAAGAGACACCAGCUGAGGCUGAACUUCAGGCUGAGCCUCAAGAGACACCGACUGAGACUGAGCUUCAGGCAGCUGAGUCUGAGCCUCAAGAGACACCAGCUGAGGCUGAGCUUCAGGCUGAAUCUCAAGAGACAGGAGCUGAGACUGAGCCUCAGGCAGCUGAGACUGAGCCUCAAGAGACACCAACUGAGCCUGAGCUUCAGGUUGAGCCUCAAGAGACACCAGCUGAGGAAGAGCUCCAGGAGUCUGAUGCAGCUGAGUCUGAGCCCCAAAAGACACCAGCUGAGACUGAGCCUCAGGUUGAGCCUCAAGAGACACCAGCUGAGGAAGAGCUCCAGGAGUCUGAUACAGCUGAGUCUGAGCCCCAAAAGACACCAGCUGAGGAAGAGCUCCAGGAGUCUGAUGCAGCUGAGUCUGAGCCCCAAAAGACACCAGCUGAGACUGAGCCUCAGGUUGAGCCUCAAGAGACACCAGCUGAGGAAGAGCUCCAGGAGUCUGAUGCAGCUGAGUCUGAGCCCCAAAAGACACCAGCUGAGACUGAGCCUCAGGUUGAGCCCCAAAAGACACCAGCUGAGGAAGAGCUCCAGGAGUCUGAUGCAGCUGAGUCUGAGCCCCAAAAGACACCAGCUGAGACUGAGCCUCAGGUUGAGCCUCAAGAGACACCAGCUGAGGAAGAGCUCCAGGAGUCUGAUGCAGCUGAGUCUGAGCCCCAAAAGACACCAGCUGAGACUGAGCCUCAGGCAGCUGAGACUGAGCCUCAAGAGACACCAACUGAGCCUGAGCUUCAGGUUGAGCCUCAAGAGACACCAGCUGAGGAAGAGCUCCAGGAGUCUGAUGCAGCUCAGGUUGAGCCUCAAGAGACACCAGCCGAGUCUGAGCUUCAGGCAGCUGAGACUGAGCCUCAAGAGACACCGGCUGAGCCUGAGCUUCAGGAGUCUGAUGCAGCUGAGGCUGAGCCCCAAGAGACACUAGCCGAGUCUGAGCCCCAGGAUGAGCCGCGUCAAGAGACACCAGCUGAGACUGAUCCCGAGCCCCAGGAGCCAACAGCUGAAGCGGAGCCUCAGAAUGAGCCCCAGGAGUCAACAGCUCACGAACCCCAGGAGGCUUUAGCUGAGACUGAGCCCUAG